AUGCUAUCAGUUCCAACUUUCCCGCCGGAUCCCACUUCUGGGGUAGCACCUCUGAAGAGUAGGGGUCACAGACAUAAGCGGUCGUUCGCUGUGUCAGGCGACUUUGAUUUUUUGAGGAAGGAUCCGAUGAUAAAAGGAAGUAACAGCAUUAAUAAUGACCCCCCUUCACGAAUAGACUUAAAUAACCUUCCGAGUUACUCGAAGCAUAUGCCGGGAAACGAUCCUAUAACUAUACCGGUAUCACUAUCGGAAGUGGGAAGUAUGCAUCACGAUGAACUUUCGUUCAAUUCAACAGCUAACUCAAUGCUUAACAGCCAAACAGCAGCAGAUCAGGUAUUCACAAGUCCUCGGUUCUUUAUUACUGAAGAACCUAAGUUCACCGGCGGAUUCAAAGAUGUUCCGGAUGCUAUUAUAAAUCUAGAUGAUGCUUUAAAGACGCGACCAAGGUCUUUCAAAUCACACAGACGUACGGAAUCGGCUCCGGCAGACCUCCAACUCUCCUUUAAUCUUGAUAGAAAGUUAAGGCUCACGGAAGAGCAAGUUGCUGAAGAAGAGGAAGAAAACUACAAUACUACCAUAAUCCAAGUAGAGGAUGCAAGCAAUUCGUCUUCUGAAAGUUUAUCCGGGAAGAACUCCCCUAAACUGGCUCCACCAAGCCAUCCUACGCUAAUGUCGCCUUUAAGGGCUAGAUGUCCUUCGCCAGUGACUUCUAGAGAUUCACCAAGUAAGUUAUCUGGUUAUAACACUUUGAAAAUCAACAAACAAAAGGAAAGAUAUUACAACUACUAUACCAAGCAAAUUCCUUCAAACGGGUCCGGAUCAAGCACUGUUGGCAACCAGACCUCUUCCAUGUCAAUAUCCUCGGAAUCAAGUAUUUCAAAUAGACAACUGUCAACUCCAAAUACUCCGGUAUCCAUGAACUACGGAAAUUCAAGAAAAAUCACUCCUAGAACUAAGCCUUUCAAAUACGAGACACAGGUGUACGAUAUUAGACAGGAUGCUCAAAAUGGGAAUAUGCCAAGAAGGUCUACUGUAAGCACGAUCGAAUCUAACGACACCAGUUCUAGUCGGCAUCAUAACUCUAGUUCACUUUCAUCAUCUAGUCCAUUUCCACCGCUCACACAAGACCUGCUUCUGGGACAACCAGGUGAUUCAGUGGAUUUAUCACAUGUGGAUGAAAUCAAUGAUGAACAUAUCACGAUUAUUCCUCCAAACUCAGCUGAGCGCGAAACUCCCAAACAUAAGAGUAGAUUAAGAUAUACCAAACAUUCUUCCAGUCGUAGUAUGAGUGAUCAGACACGAACUCUUCAGGUAAAAUCAAAUCCUUCAUCAGAUCUAACUAUCAAGGAAAGAAAACAUGGAAAAUUCAAUAUAAUAUCCUCUUUAUUUUCAAGACCAAAACGAUGA